AUGUCAAAUAUAGGAAAACAAAAGAUUUUAAUACCAAAACAAAUAUUAGAUCCUAUUACAGAAUUAAAAGGAUAUAAUAAAGAAACAUUUGAAAUAGUUAAUAAAGAAAUAUUAAAUAAUCAAAACCCUAAUUUAGAUAAAUUGAAUAAAUGACAGUUUAUUAGAAAAGUUGAUAUUGACGGUAAAAUAGUUAAUUAUACUCAAGAAAUAAUUAUGUUAAAUGAAUUAUCUAAUAAAAUUUCAAUUAAUGAAACUUCUAAUAAUUGAGAAUUAAGUAUUUUAUUAGAAAAUAAUAUAAAUAAAGAAAUGAAAUCAUAUUGAGGUUUAAUUAAAAGUAAAUUAAAUCAAAUAAUUGAUAAUUUAUAUAUUAUUAAAAAUAUAAAUAAUGAUAAAAUUAAUGAAGAUUUAAUAUGACAUAAAAAUCCCUCAAAUACCUUCAUUUAUAAAAAUGCAUAUAAAGUAUAUAUACCUGUAGGUAAAGGUAUUGGUUAUAGAAUAACAGAUAUUUCAAAUAAUCAAAAUAAAAUGUUAGAAUUAAGUUUAGGUUCUACACCCAAAAAAUUAAUAGUACCUAAUAAUAUUGAUUAUAAUUUAAAAAAUAUUAAUGAAUUAAUAUUAUAUCCUAAAUACCAUUUUAAUAUGGAUAAUAAUACAUUUAAUUCAGCUUCAUUAAAUGAAUUAAGUUUAUUUGCCAAUAAUAUUAAAAAUUUAAAAUCUGGAUUAAAAGAUAAAUAUAAAGGUAUUGGAUUAUAUUUAGAAAAAUUAUAA